CGCCAUCGGUGACUACAAAGGCGGAAAUUAGCAAAUUUUCUGCAAUUUCGUCGCUCGAAACGUCCUGAAAAUUGUAUCACGCCAUGGGUAAGGUAUUCCUCGAUCAUAUCGGUGGUCAGAAGCUGUACUCCUGCGCCGCUUGCGAAACCAAUCUGACCAACAAACGGGAACUGAUAAGCACUCGCUUCACGGGAGCCACUGGGAGGGCCUACCUCUUCAAACGGGUCGUCAAUUUGACCUAUUCCCCGGUACAGGACCGGGUCAUGCUCACCGGACGCCACAUGGUGCGGGAUGUGAUGUGCAAGAACUGCAAAGCCAAGCUCGGAUGGAUGUACGAAUUUGCCACGGAGGAGUCCCAAAAGUACAAAGAGGGUCGAGUGAUUCUGGAACACGCUUUGAUCACCGAGACGGAGGGUUUCCCGGAGGCGUGACCCUUCCUGUUCGACCCCGUCGAAUUCUAGGCAGGACACAAUUUACAUUGGUAUAAAACUGCGCUGAUCAACUUUCAAAUCGUGAGUGACGUCGAAGAUGGAUUAAUAAGAUUAGAAUAAUCAUAGCCG